GUAUGAUCGGCUUCAUCCGAAGAACCGACUGUAUCAUACUAAUAGCAGCAACUGCCAGCAACUCUGAGUCUUCGUCCACUCUGACUGGAUACCACGUAGAGCAGUCAUCGAUACCGCCAUGUCCGUGAACGAUACCUACCGAGCGUCCAGCCCAGAGGUUGAACCAGUGCUCACUGCAGAGACUACUGCUGAGCAAAUCGCAGAGCUCAAGGAACUCAUACCCCCCACCUCUGGACCUGUUAUCGCGAUUGACCUUGAUGACGUGUUAAGUAGUACCAACGCUGUCGUGGCGCAAUGGCACAACGAGACUUAUGGUACCCAAAUGACCACCGAUAAUUUUUACUAUUAUUUUUACUGGAAGAAUCCAUUUUGGGGAACACCUUUGACCACAGUCACAAAGGUCAAGGAGUUCUAUGCAAGCGGUCGGAUGUCACAGACGCAGCCAGUACCUGGUGCACGCGAGGGCGUCGAGGCCUUGCGUGUGCUGGGCUAUCGCCUGAUCAUCGUCACUGCUCGAAGCAAAGAUUCCCAUGCUGAUAGCUGGGGCUGGGUCGAACGUUGGUUCCCUGGAUGCUUCGACAGCAUGAUAUGCACUGGUCAGUUUGCAAAUGUUGGAAAGCCUGCGACAGAUGGCGUAGGCGCCAUGACGAGUGCACGAAUGGGCCGUGAGAUCGCCACGCAAUUGAGCAAAGCAGAGGUCUGUAUCGACAUCGGAGCCAAAUUACUGAUCGACGACUCGUUGGAAAACGCGCUGGCCUGUGCCCAUCAUAUCCCGUUAGAUGGGGCAACAAAGCCUCCCCCCGUACUCCUUUUCGGCUCAUACGAGUGGAAUAAGCGUCUUUCGCUGGCUUCUGAUGAGUGCAAUGAUAUGGUUUACGAAGUUCGUUUCCAAAGAGAUGGAGGGAAGUUCCUGGAAGAGGACGUCAAACUAGGGGACGAAGCACUGAAGGAAGCAAACACCAUGCUUUCAGUCCGCCGGGUAAAAGACUGGAGUGAAGUUGUGCGAUAUGUCACGGAGGUGAAGGGCGGCCGUCUGUAGUUUCAACGACACAGCGUACAGACCCCUGGCAGAGAAUCUACUCAUUUGACAGGCGCCGAGCACUAGGGUUACAUAUACCAUACAACCAUUCUCUGUAUCCGUCAUUGUACUUAUGACAAACUUGUCUUCUAUCAGAUCGGCCAGCUCAUCACACGACUUCUCUAAUCUUUCCUGUCUCAACCUCGUACACCCAUCCAGUGAUACUUCCUUCUUUCAAGACAAGGGGAUGAUUCUUCAAGAAUGCGACGUCGUCUUUCACACUGCUAUCUAUAUCAGGGAAGGGUCCAAACUGCAGGUCGUUUACUGCCUCGGACACAGUGGC